AUGUUUUCUACUCAUUUGAUUGAAGUACUAAUUUCUAAAAAGAAAAUGCUAAGAGAACAUAUCAAAUACUGUUGCGUAAGUAUCCAACAUCCAUGUUCACCAUCCCCUGAGUUAGAUAAUGCUGCCAAGCAUCUGAAGAUAUUUGAUUCAAGGAGUGCCAAUAUUGAUAUUCUUAAAGGAAUAGUACCUAGCACCUAUGCUGAUUCAGUCUUUGAGACAUUCAGAAAUUUAUUUUAUGAUGACACCAUCACACUUUCUGAUAAUGAAAGGAAAUAUGUAAAGCUCAUUCGAGAACUCUCAGUUCAACUAUCACAUCUUGAAAUUAUAGAGGAAAAUCAAGAAAAACUCUUUAAGAAGUUUUUGAACUAUAUCUUUACAGAUUUGAAUCCAGCAUUGACAAUAGAAAAUUACAAGGAUAGUGCAUAUAAUACUGAUGGAACAGUUAUCAAGAGAGUUUCUGGUACUGAGUUUGUUAUUCUCAAUCUGGAAGUGAAAACAGAUUGGGGAACCCAACAAUGUUCAUACUUACAGAAUGCAGCUUAUUAUGCUAAGUUUAUGAAAACUUAUUGGAAUGCAAAUGGACAGUAUACUGAAAAGACAUCAUAUCCUUGUUUUCUACUUACUUUGGAUGGUCAACAACUUACAAUCAGUGGUGCUAUUAUGAGCAAUGUUAUCUGUAUAGACAAACUUACUCCAACUAUCCCUCUUGACAUGGCAUUUUAUGAUAGUCACACAGCCAUUGUAGCAGCACGUGCAAUUUCAGCUCUUAUUACCUGCCUGCAAAAUCUUCAAAAUCACUACAUUGCUCUUUCCAAUAAUCAACCCAUUCCCAAACCAUUUUCCAAUGGACCUUUUCCCCGUUUUCUAACUCAAAUUGAAAAAAUGAAAAUUUUUAACUAUGUAGAAAGACUAGGAAAUAAAAAUCUUUGGCUUGCUGAAGUAGAAAUAGAUGGAUCUAAGCAACAUGUUGUUGUCAAAUUCGCUUGUCGAUACUGUAGAGAAGUUCAUGAUGCAUGUCAUAAUAAUGGGAUUGCUCCCAAGAUUUUAUACUGUGUAGAACUUGAUAGUGAUUGGAGUUUGAUAAUUAUGGAAUACUUGCAAGAUUAUUUGUCUCUUGAUGAUCUCUCAGAUAACAAGCAUAUAAACAUGCAUAGUAAUAUUUUGAAAGCAGUAGACAUACUUCAUAAACUUCAUUUUGUCCAUGGAGAUCUCCGUGGACCAAAUAUUCUUGUUGGACCAAAUGAUGAUGUAAAAUUUAUCGAUUUUGACUGGUCUGGAAAGGUUGGAGAAGCUGAAUAUCCAGAAAGUUUAAAUCA